CAUCCUUCCCCCUCCUCUUUCGUCUUCACUUCUCUCGAAUCGUCGCCCGCCCGCCCCUGAAUCGCAACACCGCCGGAGUGUUAGGGGUGGUGAGGGGGUGGGUGGUGGUUGUUCGCUGUUUAACUUCACGGCGUUAAACUUUUCAUUUAUUCGCAAAGGCGGGGAGAAGUUGGGGCGGCGGCGGUGGUGGUGGGAGGAGGAGGAGGGUAAGUUGUUAAGUUUCGAGAGAGAUUUGCGAGUUGCCAGGGGUCUGCAAGUCGAGCUCGCCUCCAUGCCUCCUCCUCCUCCAGCCUCCUUCUCCUCCUGCCUCCUCCUCCUGCCAGUCGCGUUUACUCUGAAACUAUCAUCGUGAUACUUGCAACAAACACCACCCACCACCUCCACCACCAGCCGAGGCAGUGCAGUUGGCGGUGCUGUUGAGAAGUUACUUGGAGAAAGAAUGUGGACCUGGGCACUUCUGCCUCUUGGCUUCUCUUCUUUGGGCGUGGCUGGAUUUUGGACUGUAUACAUCGUGGCUGGCAAUAACACCCCAGUGAGCCCAUUAGUGAGUUUUCCUUAUAUAAGUGACUGUGGGACAUAUCCACCACAGAGCUGUCUCUUUGGACAACUGUUGAACGUUGGUGGUUUCACAGUGCUAGUUAUUUGUUUAAUCCGGUACCGGCAAGUGGAGGGCUAUGGUUAUCAUUCGUGGAUCAACACGCUGAGUCUGCUGAUGGGUGUGCUGUGUGCAUUUGGGGCAACACUGGUGGGAAAUUUUCAGGAGACGAACCACCUGCCAACGCACAUGGUGGGCGCUGUGCUCACCUUCGGGGCAGCCGUGUUAUACUUCUGGCUGCAGUGCGUGUUGGUGCUGCGCGUACGACCACGGCACGGGGGCCUCGCGCUCGCUGGCAUUCGUAUCAUCGCUUGCAUCCUUGCCACCUCUACCUACAUUCUCGCGCCUGUGUUUUAUUAUGAGGACAUGCGGAACGCCUCGGCCAUCUGCGAGUGGAUCUUAGCAAUGGACGUUCUGCUGUACUUUGGGACAUUUGCGGUGGAAUUCAAACAUAUUACCCACUUGGGGCUCAGGCUGGAGGUUGACCAUACGUGCCGAAUGAAUUCUUGCAAUGGACUAAUGUCUUCUGCUUCUUCACCGCUAACAAUACCGUUGCCAAAUGCUCACUCAUUACCCGAAUGAGGUUUUGUUCCAUAAAAACUGUUUACAAAAGUGAUCUCACUUGAUCACUCAGACACUUUACCAUUACCCAUUGUUUUUUUUCACUCUUGUACAAUUUAGAUUUUAUUCAUGUAAAAUAUACAAUUGCGCUUGAUUGUUGGUGAAUUUACAGAACCGCAAUGUAGUCAAGUGUUUUAAAGUUGUUAAAUGUGGCCGGUUAAAAGGAUGGUAAGAACUGUAAAAAUGAAUGAAUCUGCUACGACUUGAAAUUAUCAUUAAUAUUCCAUUCAUUAUAUUGGUCAUGCACUAGUUGCAUGUACCAUAAUUGUCCUUUGCAAUUAACGUCCCUCAUUUACACAGCUAAAUGUUUCCUAAGAUGCCUUCCAAAAAAAGCAACAAAAUUGCCUUGUAUUUAAAGAAUAAACCUUUAAGUGAAAUAUUAACACAUUAUGGUAAAGAUUAACAUUAAAUAUAUUCAAUGAAUAUGGUUACUGGGAUACAAUUUUCCAAAAAAGCAAUUGCAAUGGCUUAUUGCUGUUAAUGCAGGGAUUACCAAUCCUAACGUGUCUGUUUGUAUCAUGUCCUGGUACCAGCACACGUGUGUGUGUCUGUAAAGGUCCUGGACACGUGGACCACAUGUUUAUCAUGUUAAGAACAGUAUGUACAAAACAACUAAAUGUAUUGCAGUCCUUCUGCUCAGCAUUUGUAUUUUGAGUUAAAGAAACGUGUACUAAGUCCCGCACUUAUACUUGUUUAAAUGCAGUUGUUCAGCUGCCGACAAUCAACUUAGCUUGAACCUGCUCCUGUUGUGCAAGAGAGUUGACACUUGUUUGGAAAUGGGGUACUCGUAAAGAUCAAUAGCUGGGUGAGAUUUGUUUCUUAGGUGCUUGAGAAAACUAGCAAUCCAUAAAAGGUAUUUGUUUUAUCCAGUAUUUGAGACAAUCCGUUGCAUCUUAUACGACAACUAUAUUGCAUCAAUUGUUUUAUUAUGUUAUCUGAAAGGUGGGCAUUGUAUGUGGCCUGUAAUGAUGGACUUUGGUCUAUUAACUGACCGUAUUAAAGUCACAAGUGCAUUAGUCAAGAAUGUAAAAUGCAAAUGCCAUCAUGCUGCAAAAAUUUUUAUAUCUUUGAACUGUUGGUAGAUUAACAACACUCUAAAAGUAUGUCAUUUGUAUUCGUUCAACUGUAACUUUAUAAAGCAUGUGCUGUACAUGCACAUUAAAGUGCAGUACUGUAUUUAAUUUAAACAAGUUAACCAAAUUUUACAAAGUCUAUGCAAUAUACUUGCUUACUGUAUUUUAAAGAACAACGUACUAACUGCAUUAUGGUAAAUCAUGUGACAAUGUUAUGAUGAGAAUGGUAUUUUUGUUUUAUAUCAAGUGAAUGUUCGGCAUAGCCUACCCUCGAGAGGCAGACCGGUGAGUCGGAGAUUAUGCCUGUAUUUUUAAGUGCCUUUUUUAUUAUUUUACAAUGUUUUGAUAUUGUCAAAGGUCCACCAAUGUAUAAGCUGUUUAACUUUAAAAUAUUGCAGCAUUGCUUGAAGUUUUUUUUAAAAUUCCUACUUUGAUAGUGCGUUUGCAUUCAAAGCAUAUAACACACAAAUACUAACAUUUAGGUUUCUGCUCAUUGCUGUAAAACAAUAACAAUUGAUUACUCUAAUGCCCUGCACUAACCAUUAAAUGCAAUUCAUAUGUAUGUCUCCUAAAAUCUGCAAUAUUUCACAUGUAUGCAGUGUUAUUUUUUUGAAAGUGCUCAUAUUUUUAUGGUACUCCAAAAAUAAAUGUGGAAUGUAUGCUCUGAA